GCCGUCAAUCGCCUGCUUGUCAUCAUCAUGGCGGAGCCCCGAGACAAGGCGCUGCAGGACUAUCGCAAGAAGCUGCUGGAGCACAAAGAGAUCGACGGGCGCCUCAAGGAGUUAAGGGAGCAGCUGAAGGAGCUCACUAAGCAGUAUGAAAAAUCUGAAAAUGACCUCAAGGCUCUGCAAAGUGUUGGGCAGAUUGUUGGUGAGGUUCUUAAGCAGUUAACGGAAGAGAAAUUCAUCGUCAAAGCAACCAAUGGACCAAGAUAUGUUGUUGGCUGUCGUCGUCAGCUCGAUAAAAGCAAACUGAAGCCUGGAACAAGAGUUGCACUGGAUAUGACCACCUUAACUAUUAUGAGAUAUUUGCCAAGAGAAGUGGACCCACUGGUUUACAACAUGUCUCAUGAAGAUCCCGGAGACGUGUCUUACUCGGAGAUUGGCGGAUUGUCAGAACAAAUCAGGGAGCUAAGAGAGGUUAUAGAGUUACCACUGACAAAUCCAGAAUUAUUCCAGCGCGUGGGCAUUAUACCUCCCAAGGGCUGCUUGCUGUACGGCCCACCAGGUACGGGGAAAACUCUCCUGGCCAGAGCUGUUGCCAGUCAGUUGGACUGCAAUUUCUUAAAGGUGGUGUCUAGUUCCAUUGUUGACAAAUACAUUGGUGAAAGUGCUCGGCUGAUCAGAGAAAUGUUCAACUACGCCAGGGAUCAUCAGCCCUGCAUCAUCUUCAUGGAUGAAAUUGAUGCUAUUGGUGGUCGUCGUUUUUCGGAGGGGACUUCAGCCGACAGAGAAAUUCAGAGAACUCUAAUGGAGUUAUUGAAUCAAAUGGAUGGAUUUGACACUCUGCAUAGAGUUAAAAUGAUCAUGGCUACAAAUAGACCAGAUACCCUGGAUCCAGCAUUGUUGCGCCCAGGAAGGCUGGACAGGAAAAUCCAUAUCGACUUGCCAAAUGAACAAGCCAGGUUAGACAUACUGAAGAUCCAUGCUGGACCUAUAACUAAACAUGGCGAAAUUGAUUAUGAAGCAAUUGUGAAACUUUCUGAUGGCUUUAAUGGCGCUGAUCUGAGAAAUGUCUGUACUGAGGCAGGCAUGUUCGCCAUUCGUGCUGAUCAUGACUUCGUAGUUCAGGAGGACUUCAUGAAGGCGGUUAGGAAGGUUGCGGAUUCCAAGAAGCUGGAGUCUAAACUCGACUACAAGCCUGUUUAAACGUAACUGUGGUUCGUGGCUGGCUGUGACUGCAUGGGAAACACGGGAGGGGGCGGGGGGGCUUUCAUAGGUGAAAUGAGAAACACAAACAUUAUCCCUUGAUUGUGUUCUUACUGCCCGCGUCUGUAUUACAUCAGCAAGUUGGCCAACUGUUAACGAUAAUGACAAGCCUGCUGAAGGAGACCAUGCGGCAUUCUGGAGAGAAAAAGAAAGCCUUCCUUACAACCUUACUUAAGCGCAGUGUGAAAUCUGCUCUUGCAGGCUGGCUUUGUGAAAUGUACCAGGUUUGUUCCUUGUGGCGGAUUUUAAGGCAAUGCGUUUCUUACUUUAUAUCUUCUUUUCUUCUUCCCUUAAACUGUUAAAAAUAAAAGUUGUUUAAAUCUGA